GUCGUUUCCUUCCUGCCGGAUCGGGACGCGUUGCCGGACAUAGAGUGCGGGAAAUUCGGCAGCGCCCUCCAUGCGGCCUGCUUCGUCGGGAACACUGACGUGGCUGAGCUGCUUCUUCAGCGCGGCACCUUGUCAGAGCCCGAAAGUGUCCUUCCUAGCAACGCCGUGGCGAUGGCGGCGCUUCACGGCUACAGGGACUUGGUCGCCUUUCUUCUGGACAGGGGCAUGGAGAUCGAGGCCGAAGGCCAAUUAGGCACACCACUAAGAGCGGCCAGUCUGAUGGGCUACGAGCACGUAGCCCACUUGCUCGUUGAGCGCGGAGUCCGGGUCGACGGGGGGGAAGAGUCGCCACUGGGCUCCGCGCUGCAAGCGGCAGCGAUACGGGGGCAUCCUCGAAUUGUCCGCCUGCUUCUCGCUGAAGGGGCCAACGUGCACCGGAAAAGCGGUACAUAUGGUACGGCCCUAGAGGCGGCUGCGUACCACGGCCACAAAGACGUUGCCGAAGUGCUCCUCGAUGCCAGAGCGGACAUCGGCAUUGAGGGGCUGGCUCGCGAUGCGUUCCGUGCGGCCGCCGAAGGGGGCCGUCACGACAUUAUACGCCUUUUUUUGGACAAAGGC